CCCCGCCGCCGUGAUGUUCCCCAGGGAGACGACGUGGAACAUCUCGUUCGCGGGCUGCGGUUUCCUCGGUGUAUACCAUAUCGGUGUGGCCUCCUGCCUCCGCGAGCACGCGCCCUUCCUGGUGGCCAACGCCACUCACAUCUACGGAGCCUCGGCCGGGGCGCCCCCAGCCACUGCGCUGGUCACCGGGGCCUGCCUGGGGGAGGCCGGUGCCAAUAUCAUUGAGGUAUCUAAAGAGGCCAGGAAGCGGUUCCUGGGCCCCCUGCACCCCUCCUUCAACCUGGUGAAGACCAUCCGGGGCUGCCUGCUGAAGACCCUGCCGGACGAUUGCCAUGAGCGUGCCAGCGGGCGCUUGGGCAUCUCCCUGACCCGAGUCUCGGAUGGCGAGAACGUCAUCAUUUCCCACUACAACUCCAAGGAGGAGCUUAUCCAGGCCAAUGUCUGCAGCACUUUCAUCCCUGUGUAUUGCGGCCUCAUCCCUCCCGCCCUCCAGGGGGUGCGCUAUGUGGAUGGUGGCAUUUCAGACAACCUGCCGCUCUAUGAGCUUAAAAACACCAUUACCGUGUCCCCUUUCUCGGGCGAGAGUGACAUCUGCCCGCAGGACAGCUCCACCAACAUUCACGAGCUCCGGGUCACCAACACCAGCAUCCAAUUCAACCUGCGGAACCUCUAUCGCCUCUCCAAGGCCCUCUUCCCUCCCGAGCCCCUGGUGCUUCGAGAGAUGUGCAAACAAGGCUACAGGGACGGGCUGCGCUUCCUGCGGCGGAACGGCCUUCUGAACCGGCCCAACCCCUUGCUGGCGCUGCCCCCUGCUCAUCCCUGUGCCCCCGCGGAAGAGGACGCAGAGGAAGCUGAGGCUGCUGCAGAGGUGGCCAGAACGGAGGACAGCUUGCCUCCGCCCCGGGAAGAUCACAUCCUGGAACACCUGCCCGCCCGUCUCAAUGAGGCCGCCAUGAUGGUGCCCUACACUCUGCCGCUGGAGAGCGCCGUGUCCUUCACCAUCCGCUUGCUGGAGUGGCUGCCUGACGUCCCCGAGGACAUCCGGUGGAUGAAGGAGCAGACAGGCAGCAUCUGCCAGUACCUGAUGAUGCGCGCCAAGAGGAAGCUGGGCAGCCACCUGUCUUCCAGACUGUCGGAGCAGAUGGAGCUGCGCCGUGCCCAGUCGCUGCCCUCUGUGCCGCUGUCCUGCGCCUCCUACAGCGACGCGCUGCCGGGCUGGAUGCGCAACAACCUCUCACUGGGGGACGCGCUGGCCAAGUGGGAGGAGUGCCAGCGUCAGCUGCUGCUAGGUCUCUUCUGCACCAACAUCGCCUUCCCACCCGACGCCCUGCGCAUGCGCGCGCCGGCCGGCCCCUCUCCCGCUGAGCCCGCGUCCCCGCAGCACCCGCCGGGCCUGCCCCCUUGCUGAGAGCCUCCACUCAGCCUUCCCCAGCCCCUUGGGGUCCUGGUGCUGAGGGUCGGGCCCCCCACCCCAGUUUCCCUGCCCCAUGAGUAGGGGCCCCGGGGCUGACUGAGACCAGAUGCACGGCCUCUCUCAGUCUGCGGCUGCGGAGUGAGCAGAUGGAGGCCCUUCACACCUGCAAAGAGGGGGUUCCCACGUGACCCCCUUGCACCAACCACUCACUUGCCGCACUGAGUGGGGAGGGCUGCAGAGCACUCCUCCCCCUGGGGCCUCAGAGGCCCCCUCACCUGUGCCUUAAUGCCUUAAUCUCUCCCCUGCCCUGCCCAGCACCCCACGGUCAGCGCAGUAUUACUCCUGAGAACUUUGCACCUGCUCCUCCCCUCCCGUUUCUCAUGUUUUGCUGAAGAAUGUGUGUGAAGAAUUAUUUAUUUUGGCCAAAACAGAUUUAAUAAAUGCCACAGCUCAA